GCGACGCACAGUCCGCUUUUCCGGUCCACAUGUAAAUGCUAUAGCGUGAUUUACAUCUCGAAAGACUCAAAGUGUGUAUUUGUUGUUAGUAAAUCAAUCAAUCGUUGUGUUUAAACAUGAAGCUGCUCACACACAACAUGCUGACGUCUCACGUGAAGGGCGUCACUAAAGGAUACCCGCUGCUUAUCAAGGCAACUGAGGUGAAGGUGAAUGAGGUGGAGUUCAACCCUCAGUUCGUCAGCCGGAUGAUUCCCAAACUGGAGUGGAGCGCUCUGCUCCAGGCAGCAGAGGGGCUCGGUCAUCGGCAGGACCUGCCGUCUGAGCUGGUGUCAGAGUACGAGAAAGAUGAAGAGUUCCUGAAGAAAGUGCACCGGGCGCUGUUAGAGGUGGAGGUGAUCGAGGGCUGUCUGCAGUGUCCAGAGUCAGGACGAGAGUUCCCCAUCUCCAGAGGAAUCCCCAACAUGCUGCUGAGUGAAGAGGAGGCGUAAACACCCCCUCAACAUUUCCCGUUGCACAACCCCUUACUGUCACUGAGAUGGGUUUACAUUGAAUCUGGUUUGAGUUGGUUCCAAGAGAAAGAAUGCAGCACUGUUUGGUUCAUUGUAGUUAUGACAUGCGAGUGGCCGAUGCUGCCAGUGGAGUGAAAAGAUUGGAAAAGUAAUGAAUGGAAAUGUUUCCCUGAGAGAAACCCCCCGUGGUUUUAUCUGUAUUUAUUUUUGUAAAUGUUCACUCUUUCAUUUUCAAUAAAAACUGUCCUUAUUUCCAUGACA